GUGGAAAUCGGACCACAGGCUCGGAAGUACCAUGUGCACAAGGCGCUACUCAUCCACCACUCCGAUUACUUCCGCAAAGCUCUUUCCGGGUCUUGGAAGGAGGCGCAGGAUGGCGUUGUCCGCCUGGAAGAUGUCGAGCCUGUCGCCUUCAACAUCUUCAUAGCGUGGAUUUACGGUCGAAAUCUAGGCGAUGACGACCUCGAUUGGGCUGAACUAUUGGAGGACGAUCCCGGCGUCGUCUGUACAAUCGGCGACGAAUACCUCGCAAUGAUCAAAGCGUACGCCUUCGGUGACAGGUUCCAGGCAACCAAAUUUCGUAGGACUGUGCACAACCUAUUUGUGGGCCCUAAUGUAUACUGGCUCCACAAGAGUCACCUGUACCCCACGGCCAUAUGGGCGUUCGAGCACAUCCCCGCAAGCGCACUGAUCCUGCAAUUCCUCGUCGAUUACCAAUGCGACAGCUGGAGUGAAACCGACAAUGACGAGGCCAUAAUGCUGGAGAAAGGGCUUCCUGCAGCUUUCCUGCGUCGGGUGAUGAGGGGGUUGUGCGAGCUGAAGCAUGGAUCCGGAGAGAGUUUAAUGCGAAACCGUUGCUACUUAGAGCAUGCGUCGGAGGAAGACAAGGAGCGAUGCACAAAGCGACAUAUGGUCUUCGAAGAGGAUAUCGAAAUUAGAUCCUUCGAGUGA